AUGAGUCUUGUCUACCCGGCUGGUGCCGCGACGGCAGCGUUAGGCGUGGUUGGACUGUAUAUGCUGUUCAACGGCGAGGGCGAGAGAUUCAACGUUGGACAAUUUCUCGAAACGGUGUCUCCUUACGCAUGGGCUGAUCUGGGUAUUGGCUUGUGUAUAGGGUUGUCAGUGGUGGGAGCAGCAUGGGGCAUCUUCAUCACAGGCACGUCAAUUCUGGGAGGCGGAGUCAAAGCCCCCCGGAUACGAACGAAGAACUUGAUCUCGAUCAUCUUCUGCGAAGUUGUCGCCAUCUACGGAGUCAUCAUGUCCAUCGUCUUCUCCUCCAAAUUGAAGUUGAUUCCUGAAGAGAAUUUGUACACUGGGCCGAACUACUACACUGGUUAUGCGUUGUUCUGGUCAGGCUUGACUGUCGGCAUGUGCAACUUGAUAUGCGGUGUCAGCGUGGGAAUCAAUGGAAGCAGUGCAGCCUUGGCCGACGCCGCCGAUGCCAGCAUGUUCGUCAAAGUUCUGGUUAUUGAGAUCUUCUCCAGCGUGCUAGGUCUCUUUGGUCUUAUCAUUGGGCUGUUACUCAGCAGCAAGGCUCCGGAGUUCGAGUGA